AUGAGAUACACCACAAUUCCAGUUAUCACUUCAGAUUUAAAACCAUUUUUUUUUUAUCCCGGCCACCUCUCUAAUCUCUCAAAUAAUAAAAAUCUAAAUAAUACUAUACAAAUACUUAAAGAAAAGACCAAAGCUUAUACGGAGUGUUAUUAUAUUAAUUUAGGUUGGAGCCCAUUCCAAAACGAGCAACACAGCCCAUACCAAAACAAGCAACAGAGCCCAUUCCAAAACAAGCAACAGAGCCCAUUCCAAAACAAGCAACAGAGCCCAUUCCAAAACCAAAACAAGCAACAGAGCCCAUUCCAAAACCAAAAACAAGCAACAGAGCCCAUUCCAAAACCAAAAACAAGCAACAGAGCCCAUUCCAAAACCAAAAACAAGCAACAGAGCCCAUUCCAAAACCAAAAACAAGCAACAGAGCCCAUUCCAAAACCAAAACAAGCAACAGAGCCCAUUCCAAAACCAAAACAAGCAACAGAGCCCAUUCCAAAACCAAAAACAAGCAACAGAGCCCAUUCCAAAACAAGCAACAGAGCCCAUUCCAAAACAAGCAACAGAGCCCAUUCCAAAACAAGCAACAGAACCCAUUCCAAAACAAGCAACAGAGCCCAUUCCAAAACCAAAACAAGCAACAGAGCCCAUUCCAAACAAGCAACAGAGCCCAUUCCAAAACAAGCAACAGAGCCCAUUCCAAAACAAGCAACAGAGCCCAUUCCAAAACAAGCAACAGAGCCCAUUCCAAAACAAGCAACAGAGCCCAUUCCAAAACCAAAACAAGCAACAGAGCCCAUUCCAAAACCAAAACAAGCAACAGAGCCCAUUCCAAACAAGCAACAGAGCCCAUUCCAAAACAAGCAACAGAGCCCAUUCCAAAACAAGCAACAGAGCCCAUUCCAAAACAAGCAACAGAGCCCAUUCCAAAACAAGCAACAGAGCCCAUUCCAAAACAAGCAACAGAACCCAUUCCAAAACAAGCAACAGAACCCAUUCCAAACAAGCAACAGAGCCCAUUCCAAAACAAGCAACAGAGCCCAUUCCAAAACAAGCAACAGAGCCCAUUCCAAAACAAGCAACAGAGCCCAUUCCAAAACAAGCAACAGAGCCCAUUCCAAAACAAGCAACAGAGCCCAUUCCAAAACAAGCAACAGAGCCCAUUCCAAAACAAGCAACAGAGCCCAUUCCAAAACAAGCAACAGAGCCCAUUCCAAAACAAGCAACAGAGCCCAUUCCAAAACAAGCAACAGAGCCCAUUCCAAAACAAGCAACAGAGCCCAUUCCAAAACAAGCAACAGAGCCCAUUCCAAAACAAGCAACAGAGCCCAUUCCAAAACAAGCAACAGAGCCCAUUCCAAAACAAGCAACAGAGCCCAUUCCAAAACAAGCAACAGAGCCCAUUCCAAAACAAGCAACAGAAAAGAAAGAAAGAAUGAAUGAGAGAGAGAAAGAAGGAAAUAGAGAAAGAAAGAGAGACAGAGAGAAAGAAUGAGAGAGAAAAAGAAAAGGAGAGAAAAAAAAAGAAAAGGAGAGUCAGAAAUUCAUCAUUUCAUGGAUCCUUCAGAAACCUGGAUCCAGGAACCUGGACAGUUGAUCUCACAAGUGCCACCCAACGAUUUCCCUAGAAAUUUAGCAGUUGACGUAUAUGGCUGA